AUGUAUGAUAUAAUGUUUGCUCCACCACAACUUGGUUCAACUCUACCGACACCUAGUCUUAUUCCAUUAAGUUUAGACUCAACAUUACCUAAUUUUAAAGAUUCAACUUAUCGUAAUAGUAAAUUAUCAGCCACAUCAUCCUCGUCAAAGAAACAUGCACCGAAUCCUGAUUUACUACGAGAAUUAAAUGCACGCUAUUUACACGACAUUAAUAUCCAACGUGCUGCGGCUACUGCCGCCGCUUGCAAUGAUCCUCAAACAUCGUUACUAGUUGGCUCAUCACCGUAUCUUCGUGCUGAACAUUAUCACCAACACACACAUACUCAUGAACAUAAUUUAAACAUCCUUACACCAUCAUCGACUAGCACAACGACAUCAGCCGCCAUCACAACGUCAACAUCAAAUAUUAAUCCAUUACUCGAUAAGUUAUCAAAACCAGAUGGAUUAUCUCCAUUUCUUCGAACCAGCCUAUCAUCUUCAUCGUCAAUGACUCCGACGUUAACAACAUUUCCAAGUAUUCUAACGCCAUUCGGCUUCAAUAAUAACAGUAAUGGUAGUCCUAGUUUAGGAUCAACAGGCUCAUCAUCAUCAAAAGAUUUAUCUUCUCCAACGUCUUCUUCUAUUUCCAAAAAGCCAGGAAAAUGGUGCGCUGCACAUGUUCGCAUAUCUUGGCUCAUUUACAAACAUCAGCAACGUACAAAAUCCUCUGAUAAAGACGAUAACACAGUUAAAAAUACCUCAUUACUACCAGAUUUAUUAUCAUCAACAACAAAAAAUGAACAACACAAUUCAUCGUCUUUAUCUCCGUAUCAAACAUUACCACCGCCGUUGCCUUCGUCAGCCGCAACAUCUCUAUUCAAUUAUCGCCCGUUCGAUUUUUCUGCAUUACCGAACGGUGUUUUUCCGCCUCCAAAUUCUCUAAGUGUCCCAUUUCCCGGUCGAACAGGCGGUCCGAAUGCAUUUGGGGGCCUUGGAUCACUAUUUCCUGAUAGAAAAGAUAACUCAAUGGCUGCAGGACCGUCACUUGGACUCGACUGGACGCGUUAUCACCGCGGUUUAGGACCGUUGAUGCCACCGUAUUCAAAUAAACCACCUGAUCUAAUGGAUCCAACAUCUAUGUUAGCAAAGAAAAUGGAAGAAGAAAGAAAACGUCAAGAAGAUGACCGCGAUCGUACACUAUUAGAGCGUGAACGUGCAAAUCGUUUAUCUAUGAAUAAUUCUACAUCUGAUCGUAUUGAUGUACGUGAACGUGCCGUCGCAGAUCGUUUACAUCAUCCACAUUUAUCUUAUUUACCAUCACAUUUAACGAACAAUUCAACAUCGUCUACAAAUCGAUCACGCUCUCGUUCUCCACAUCAUAAUCAAAAUCACAAAGAUCAACUCAAAACAGCACCGUCACCUUUAACGGCAAAUUUAUCCGAAUCACCAUUAACGUCAUCUAAUAAAAAACAACGAAAUUCACCUAGUGUAAAGUCCGAAUCGAUUAGUACGACACCAUCGAGAACAGGCACCGAUAAACAACUACUUCCACCAUCGUUGCCACCCUCGUUAAAUCCAUUAGGACUGGACCCGUUAAUGUUAUCGAUAUUAGAACGACAACGUGUUUCAGCUGCCUACGCAUCACUUUUUUCAAAUCCGUUUUUAACACCACCAUCGAUGAAUGAACGAUCACCUUAUGGUGGUGCAGGAUUUUGGCCAGGUAUGGGAGGACCUGAUCGAAGUCCUCAGGCAGCUGCUGCAGCUAUGGCAGCUGCCGAAGCUUAUCGAAAUUUAUUUGACGCACGUUUAAAUGAAACAUUUUUACAACAGCGCGAACAUUUUCUGUCACUCGCCGCUUCAUCGGGCCAGCCACCAACGACGACAACACCUCGUGGUGCAUCUCUUCCAUCAUUCUCUUCCCCAGAAACGUCACGGCUAUAUCAAGAAAAUUAUGAACGUGAACGUUUAGCAUAUAUGAAAGCAGCUGCAUUGAUUAAAGAUGAACCGAAGACGAACGGUGCCGUAUCAUCACCAAAAUUAACCACAAAAAUCGAACGUUUUUCACCUCCUACAGUUACAAACACAAGUCCGAAACAGGAGCCUCUAUCGCCUUCAUCUUCGACAUCAUCUAAAAAAUCGAAAAAAAUCAAAAAGACGUCACCCGUAUCUCCUACUAAUCAUACGACACCCACGAUGAUUCCUCUAUCUUCAUCUACGACCAUUUCUACUAAUUCUCUUCCAUUAAGCGAAUCCAAUACAGAUUCAUCAUCAUCGUCCGACAUUGUUAUACAGCCAGUUCAAACGUCGAAUGAUAUUGCUAACGAUGUUAGAUGA